UAUCCAUUCAGUGGGCGUGCCCUCAGCAUCGGUUCUGGCCCAGUGGCGCCCAGUGGGUCCGAGUCAUCUAACGUUAGAAACUUCAAACGGGUCCAAAGAAAAACUCUGGGACCCAGUGUACCCUUCAUGCUAACCCAAACUACCUGCGUUAGCUCCUUCCUCGUUGCAGCCUUAGUCUGGUGUCUCACAGCGAGACUUGCGUUACCUGAGAGGGAGAGGGGGGGCAGCUUGGCAUUUCGCGGGAUUUGGUCCUGCAGCGGGCUUACAGAUAAGGGAGAUUAUUCGGGUUUUUAUACAGAUGUCAAGUCUGGAAAGGGAGACCAAAAUGAUGUUAUCUCUCCUCCAGCGAUUAUUCUCCGAAGUCUUGAACGCAAUAAAUGUGGAAAGGGCAAAAAGUGGCCACCGCCAAGAAACGCCACAUCAGGCACUCCCGGGCUGUCCUCCUCCCAACUGUGCACAAAGUCUUGCACAAAGUCAUCAUCUUCAUUGAUCCUUGGGUCAGCACUUACGUACAUGGGAGGCCAACCUCGGAAAUCCUUUGCCCCCUCUGCGCAGAAUGCUUAUGUCUUUUGCCUGGUUUUUAUACAGAAUUUUGUACGUCAUGUCCGGUUACUGUCCUAGCAGAAAUCUUCACGAUUGCUUUCGCUGCCAUUCAUCUUAAUAGGGAUAUUAUGGUUUGCAAGGCGCGAGUCAGUGCAGUCUAUAGCUUCAACACUAGUAUAUGGCGCUAAGCCUGGAGGAUUCCACCAUAGACACCAUCUGAGUCUUGACGUCUAAAAAACCUGAUUUCUACACGCUAGUGUUUUUGCAACCGACCAAUCCAUCAUCUCAGUCUUAGAUGGAUGAACGCGACCGCCUCUUAUGAUAGGUGACAAGGAGGGACGCGGCUAACCUGCCGAAAUAUUAUACCUACCCAGC